CUACACCUGCCCCUUUGUCGAGAAAUUCUCCAUCGAGAUAGAAACCUACUACCGGCCCGACGGCGGCCAGCAGCACAACGUCUUCAACCUGACCGGGGCCGAGAGGAGGCAACGCAUCCUGGACACCAUCGACAUUGUCCGCGACCCAGUUGCCCCUGGAGAGUACAAGGCUGAGGAGGACCCGAGGCUCUACCGCUCUGUCAAGACAGGCCGGGGGCCCCUCGGGGACGACUGGGCACGGGUGGCCGCUCAGUCGGGCCCCCUCAUGUGUGCCUACAAGCUCUGCAAGGUGGAAUUCCGCUACUGGGGCAUGCAGGCCAAGAUCGAGCAGUUCAUCCACGAUGUUGGUCUGCGGAGGGUGAUGCUUCGAGCUCACCGCCAAGCCUGGUGCUGGCAGGAUGAGUGGACCGAGCUCAGCAUGGCUGACAUCCGGGCCCUAGAGGAGGAGACGGCCCGCAUGCUGGCCAGAAAGAUGGCCAAAUGCACCACCCCCGAUGGGGAAGGGGCUGAGCCUGCGGGGAAGCCAGGGGUUGAGGGCCAGGCUGCUGUGAGCCAAGCAGAAACCCCCGAAGGUCCCGAGGGCCCAGCUGUGGCAGCGACAGCCGAUGUGUCCCCAGACACUGACAGCUUUUCCAAACAGUGGUCUUCCUCCCCUCGAUCCUCCUAUUCCUCCCAGCACGGAGUGGGGGUGUCUCCACAGAGCUUAUCUGAGUGGCGCAUGCAGAAUAUUGCCCGGGACUCAGAGAACAGCUCAGAGGAUGAGUUCUUUGAUGCACAUG